CUAUCUAGGACUGCUGGACUAUGGUGACCAAGGCGUUGAUGCCACGUUUGUGCUGAAACAGAGGCAACAUGAGCUUGAGCAGUGGAGUCGUGAGGGCGCAGGGGAUAGAGAGGGCCUUCAUUAUUGCAACGUUGAAUCACAAUUCCCGUCCGAGAAUCCUUCACAGAAAAACCGUGAGAGUCAAAUUCUACAGUGCAAUUAUUGUCACGGGUAAACUGACGAACGGAAAUAAGGUUAUGGAUGAUAUGAGGGGAAACAAGUACAUUGUUAAGGGAAAAUGGUGGGGAGGUAGAGUUGCGACCUCGACCGUGACCGCGGUUCGGCCAUCCACCACGUCCACCAUAGCUGUGCCCGCGUCCGCCGUUGCCCUGGGGUUGUCCGCCAAGAAGCUGUCCGCCGUAGUGCUAACCGCCGCCGCUGCCACCCUGCUGACCGCCGCCUGGGUGCUGAUCACCGCUGCCCUGCUGCCAGAAUCCGCCAUGUGCACCUCGGCCGAUGGUGGCCAGGGCAGUCCCAUCGUCACCUGUAGUUGCGGGCAGUCGGCGUUGUCCUUCGAAGAGGAGAAGAGCCGAUCGAUUUUCCAUGAAUGUGGGCGGCGGUUUUUGAAAUUGCAAGAAAGAAGCCUGAGAGGCGAGAUCCUCGGGGAGCCCACGGAGAGUCUGAAGAACAAGUUGAUUCUCUGUGACCAGGGCAUCCACGUCAUCGAGUCAAUCAGCAAUAUUACGUAGAUUUUGGCAAUAAGUGGCGAUAGUGGAUGUCCCCUUGACGGUGUUGUAGAAGCGUUGCUCCAACUGCAUAGCCCGAGCGGCCUUAUUGUCAUGAAACAAGUUGUGAAUUGCUUUCCAAAGACUAGCGGAAGAGGUGGUGGAGGAGAUGAUGAGAUCCGAAACUUCGUCAUUAACGGUGGAUAAGAUCCACCCUUGAAUGAGUGCGUCAAGUUGCAACCAGUCAAUAUCAUCUUUGCCGGUGGAGGUUGUUGCACUGGUGAGAAAACCUUCGAGAUUGAAACACCGGACCAAGAGAAGAAAGAGACGACUCCAUU